AUGGACAUCACAUGCCUUGAGGAGACAUUGAACAAGUUUCUAGAACAACACAAGUAUUUAAUCAUAUUGGAUGAUAUUUGGACUCCAGAAGCAUUUGAUGAAAUGUCUAGGGUGCUUAUUCAUAAUGAUAAGGGCAGUAUACUAAUAAUCACAACAAGAGAAUGUGAUGUUGCUGCACUGGCCUCUCGAGGACACAUCUUAACAUUGGAAGCUUUACCAGAAGACAAGGGAUGGGAUCUCUUUUGUAAGAAAGCCUUUCCAAGAGAUACCAACCAUGAAUGUCCCGUGGAGUUGAAGUCUUGGUUUGAGCAAAUAGUUAGCAAAUGCAAAGGCUUGCCUCUUGUUAUUGUGUUAGUUGGUAGCCUCGUGCGUGUGCGUGAGAAAACUAUGGAAGAAUGGAGAAUAAUAAAUGGUCAGUUGAGUUGGGAGCUAAAUAAUAAUUCGAGGCUCGAUCAGAUAAGCAAUGUUUUACAUCUGAGCUUCAUCUACCUUCCAACACACUUGAAAAGUUGUUUCUUGUACUGCAGCUUAUUUCCAGAAGACCAUCUUCCCAAAAGGAAGGAACUUGUAAGGUUAUGGAUAGCUGAGGGGUUCAUUGAGGGAAGGGGUGAAAGCACAUUAGAAGAAGUGGCAGAAGGCUAUUUGAAGGAGUUGAUUGAUAGGAACAUGUUACAACUUGUUGAGAGGAACUCAUUUGGUAGGAUGAAAGAAUUCAGAAUGCACGAUAUCUUACAUAAAUUGGCAGUUGACUUGUGCAAGAAGAACCGUUUUGGUGUUACAUAUGAGGAUAAUUGUGGGGGUUCUCUUGAGAUGGAUGGACAUCGAUUGGUAAUGCACAAACUAAAUAAGGGUGUUCAACAGUCACUUUCUAGUAUACACCAACUUCGAACUUUCAUUGCACUGGACAGUAGCAUGCUAUCACCCACUCUACUACCUCUUCUAUGUAAGGAGUCAAGAGACAUGACAGUACUGGAAUUAAGUGGUCUACCCAUCGAGAAGAUUCCAGAUGCUACUGGAGAUCUUUUUAAUCUCCGCCAUUUGGGUUUGCGUAAUACAAAAGUGAAGAUGCUCCCGAAGUCUGUUGAGAAGCUUUCAAAUUUGUUGAUAUUGGACCUUUCUCGAUCUGAUAUACAUGAGUUGCCUAGUGGGAUUGUCAAACUGAAGAAGCUUAGGCACUUAUUAGCUGAGAAAACAAUUGACCCAUAUUGGAGAGGAUUGCAAUGUUGUCGUGGUGUGCGUGUUCCUAAUGGUCUUGGAAAUCUAAUAAAUUUGUAG